AUGGCGAGCCAAUUGGUGCGUGUCCAGUUGCGGCGCGUCGACAGCUCGACGCCGUGGGGCUUCCGUCUCGACGGCGGCGUCGACGUGGCGCGCAGCCUGAGGCUGCAGCGCGUCACUCCGGGCGGAUUGGCCGAGCGCCACGGCCUCCGGUCGGGCGACCACGUCGUGCGCAUCAACCAAUCGGACACCGGCUGGAUGCGACAUGAGGACGCCAAAAUGGAGAUUAUCCGCUCCAGCAACGACAUUGACUUGAUGAUCCGGCGCGACUGCCCCGCGUCGCCGACGCCGACGGCGACGGCGACGGCGACGUUGAUGCCGAGCGGCGCCUGGCGACCAAAGGUCGUCUCUUGCGUGCAAUUGUCGCCGGGCGGCCGCGCCGGCGACGGCGACGGCUACGGCUACGGCGACGGCGACGUCGACGCGAUUGGCGUGACGCACAACGCGUCGCCGUUGCCGUACGCGGCGGAGGCGCCGGCGCCGGCGCCGGGCCGCAGUCUCGUGGCGCACGGCUUCGACGGCCGGCUCCGGCAGGUCGGCCAUUCGGCGUACAACUCGCCGAUGGGUCUGUACACGCAACACUCGGUCGACGAGGCCUUCCGACAGACCGUCUCGUCGGCUUUGUCGGCGCCGUUGGCGUCGCCGUCGCCGUCGACGCAGCAACCGCAGCCGCGAGGAUUGGGCGCGGCGACGGCGACGGCGGGACGUCUGUUGGCGCAGACGCCGACGUUGAUGCAUUGCGGCGCGUGCGGAGAGGGCAUCAAAGGAGUGUUCGUGAAGGUGCAGGGCCGCGUGCCGAUGCACCCCGCCUGCCUCAAGUGCUGCAAGUGCGGCGUCGGGCUGCGCAACGUCGGCUACUUCUUCAUCGACGAGCGGCUCUUCUGCGAGACGCACGCCAAGCUGGCCGCGCCGCCGCCGCAGCCCGGCAUGAAGCCGGUCGUCGUGUACAAAUAG